GCUUUUCAUAGCUCCACAUGGACCAAUUCCACACAAAUUCGUCACCAGAAGGGACAAAAAGAAAUGAAGAAAACCCUCUUCUUCUUCCCCUGCCUCUCCUGAACUCAAUAACAGAGCACACGCCCAAAUGGGUUGCAAGAUCCAUGCCUUGAACUCCCCAAUCCUGUGCAAAUUCCCAACGAUAAAAGCAAGAGUCGCUCCAAAAUCCAUCUCCUUCGUUUCUUGUUCUUCCUACGCUCAGAAUGAUGGAGAACUCGCUUCGACAGCCGCAGCCACUCAAGUCCCACUCUCCAGGCCUAAUGCUUACAGAGUGGACUUCAAGACCCUCGGGGCGUGCAAGCUCGGCAUCUCCAGAUAUCCUGAUUUCGAGUACAAUGCUCAAGGAGGUACCGGACGUGGGCAAGGUUCAGUGGCUUCGAACGGGGACCUGACCCGAGAAAUAUUGGUGUCCUUCGACCUCGACACGCUUUAUAUCCCGUCACUGACGAGCGCGACUACUAAAUUCUUAGGAUUGCCAUUGCCACCUUUCCUGAAGAUAGACAUUGCUCCACAGCUGUUUGAAGGCAAGAUUUGCGAAGAAUCCGGCAAGGUCAAUCUUCAAUUCAAGGCUAAGUUUUGCUUCUCGGUCGGAAGCCUUUACAGAGCCCCGCCGCUGAUCGUGGAGACCGUGUUGACAUCGGAGGAAUCGAAGGGGACCGUGAGAGGCGGCCGAGGAGAGAGAUUGGACGAGGAAGGGAAUUGUAGAUUGGUGGGAGUGGCAAGCGUUGAUCCCAUUGAUGACUUCUUGAUGAACUCCUUCCUAGGACUUCCCACCGAGUGCCUUGCCGACCUCAAUGCUGUCAUAUCUCUCUCUAGUUCAUCAUAGGGACAUUUGCUUUUGUAAGGUCAUACCAUGUUCAUUUGCUCUACAAACAUUGGUGUUCAUAUCUACUGAGAGAAAGUAUUAAAGUUGUUUGUACAUUGAAGUAGUAAAUUAAUUAUAAAGCCUAUCAAAAUAUGAAUUACCGCGUGCAACGCGGCAUGUGGCUCUAUUUAUGAUUUGAA